AUGACCACCAGCCAAAGAACUGAUUGUUCCUCGGUAGGAGGACCUGGAUCUGGAUCUCACGUAUCCGUUAAAUAUGAGCAGUCAACACCAUUUAAUUUUGGCAAAUUUGGGAUUCUUGUAAUCUUUUGUGUUAUACUGGCAUUAUCAUCUAGUACAUAUCAUAAUUGGCCUGCCAUUGAAAGGAGUUUGGUAAAUGACAAGGUGUUUCAGAAUUUGUGUAAUGAGAAUGAGAUACGAGAAUCCAUUCCUGAGACUUAUGUCUGUGAAAAACAAAGAGAUGCAAUAGGUAAUCUAUCACUAAAGAUAUUCCUGUUCGAGUUUAUCGCAUACUCCAUUGGCGGUCCAUUGGUUGAUAUUGUUGGCGUGUACAUCGUUAUGGUUACGGGUUUUGCUUUUGGAUUUUCCGGAUUCAUAUUGUUGUACUUUUAUCAUGAUAUCAAUUUUAUUGUAAAGCUUAGUUUUUGUUUUUGGGGGAUGUUUGGAGGAUUAAUCAUUAUAACAGCCAUUCACUUUGCUAGGAUGUUUCCUCAAGCCAAGAGCCUGGCUGAUGGAAUGAUGAUAUUCUUUGAAAACUUCGCAUCCGUAAUACCUCUGAUAAUUUAUAAACUGGAUAAAUAUUUUGGGAUAACUUAUUAUCAAGGUUACGGGUCUUAUAUAAUUUGGGGAAUAGUACCUUCAUUUCUACUGGGUAUUACAUAUAUUCCCAUGAGAAUUAUUUCAGAAAACUAUAAGGACUCCAAAGACAAUAAAUUUUUUGAAGUUGAAUUUAAAUGUUUACCUGGAAAGUUACAAUCAUGGCGGUUGUGGGCAAAUUUGGUUGUAUUUUCAAUUCCAGUAACAUCCGCCAUGUUUUACAGGAAAACAUUCUCUGCAUACUUCCUUAACAAUCCUGAAUUACAGAAAGUAUUUCCAUUCAUCUUGUUGUUUGUAUUUGUUCCCAUACCAUUCAUAUCCGCUCUUGACCAGUUUAUAAGUGUUCACCUCACAUCUGCAUUCUUAUAUAUAGUUUACAUACUGGCCUUUCUAUGUUUUUUCUAUAAAACCGAAACACAUGGUAUUAUUUCGAUGGUAUUAUUCUGUAUCGCGCAUUCUGCUGAGCACCAGAUCAUGCAUUACAUAACUGACAACCAUAAGGAGAAUGAGUCAACAUUAAUGGGUAUAUCAUAUUCUGUUGUAUUCGUUGUAGGUUUCGUAUCCCAAUAUAUUUUUGAUUGUAUCUACAAUUUAUCCCCAAAAGCUGCAUUGUACACUAUCAUCUCACUCCUUUUUGUUGCAACAAUCUUUUCUGUGACCUUUCAUUUUGUCGACAACACUAAUAGUCAAGACCCGCCCGUUCAAGAUAAUAACUCGCAGGGUAAAUAUUCUCUCAGAAUUAGUAGUCUGAGGGUAAUAUAUGUUAUUUUCUGGUUAAUUCCUUUUAUUUGUUUAUCUAUGGUACUUUCCUAUAAGUCUUUUGUGAAAGCUGAAGCUCCUAAAUGGAAAACUUGCAUAUGUAACAUGGUGGAUUACCAUAGCCAGAAGUUCCUUACAACCGGAAUAGUUUUCUAUUCAUUUUCAUUUUAUUAUGUUUGCAUUGUAUUCACCGUUAUUGCUACAAUUUUUAGGGUUUGUAAAUCAGUCACAUUCGGGUAUGAUAGGUCUAGGUUCAUGUGGCUUUUCAUAUUCUUGACAUGUUUCUUCAUAGUUCCACAAGUUAUGACUGCCUUUCAUUUUUACAUUGGCCAGAAAAGUCAACUAAGAAUCUUGAAGAUUGUCAUAAUUUUGCUUAUUUGUAAACUCUCAUUGUUUUUACUAUCCAACAUCAAACCUUCCAGAACUAUCAUCCACUUAUUCUCGAUAUUAUUAGUUCUUUAUGGCUAUACUUUCUUCCUUUUCUUUUACAUGAUCGCUUAUUAUAAUUUCCAAAUCGCAUACGUGGAACGGUUUUACAUGACAAGUAUGUUACACUGGGGAGGAAUGCUCACACUUUUUUUGUUGCUCAGAUUUUUCUAUCUACAAGUCUCAGAAUAUAGUUUUGGUUAUUACACACUAUGGGCAUUUAACACAGUUUAUUCUUCAUUCUUUUCAAUUCAAUUAUUUUAUUAUUUCCCAUACGAGAUGGAUGUAUCAUUUGGCAAUUGUUACCUCCCUUUUCCUCCGUUUAUAAAGUUUCACCUUCUAAAAAAUAUUAAACCAAAGUCAUUCUGUAUUAGUCUUUUCAAUGUAGCAUUAACCAUAUCUAAUUUAGCAAUUUUGAUUAGUUUUGAGUUUCGUUGGACUUUUAUUGUUGUAUUCUUUUGGUGUGGAUUAAAUGGUAUGGCGUCGUUUAUAUGUUCAUUUCGUAUCAGAGAUAAAUAUAAAGAAUAUCAUUCUAUUAUGAUUGAUUAUUUUAUUUUACCCUUAAUGUGUGUCUCAUUAGCUCUGUUAGUGACACUAUUGUUAUGUAAUGUGUUUAUUCCUUACUCCAAAUUUAUUAACAGCAGGUUCGUUUAUGUAAUCGUUAUUUGUAGCUUUUGUAUUUUGUCAUCUUACUCAAACGUCUCCUGGUUUUAUACUCAGUACGAGUUACAAAGUUGUUGUUGUCAGGACAACCAAUGUAAAUGUCAAACAGAAAAAAUUUGUUGUUGCUGUUGUAAUAAAUGCAUUUGUUGUUUGUGCUGUAAAUGUUGUCUUUGCGAACAACCACCCACACAAUGUAGGUGUCAAUCUCAUUCCAAUUCUCCAUCAGGUACUUGUUGUUGCAAUGACAAUAAAUGUAAAUGUUGCAACGGUUCUCAAUGUUCUUGCUACGAUAAUUUUUGCAACUGCUGCAUAAACUGCCAAAAGUGUGUUUGUAUGUGUUUGAAGAGGAGUAUAAAUGAAAAGGAUAUAAUUUUUCGUUUUUUUGAGAUUACUUUUACUGAUGUAGAUAAUAAUUUCCUAUCAUUCUAUCGUGGAAACAAUGUUGGAUGGUUGUUGUUCAUAAUUUAUCUAGGAUUUUCAAAGGACCAAAAUGUAUAUAAUUCACUUAAAUAA